AACGAUCCCUUAGCAACGGGACGCGGCGCCUGAUGCUAGUGUACGCGGUCGCCAUAGUAACGGAGGCCCGCAGACAGCCGUCGCCAUGUCCGCUCAGGUGCUCGUGUCCCGCCCGCUGCACCCGCAGAGCAUCCCCGUGCAAUGCCUCCCGUCCCGCACCGUGCAGCCGGCCCACAACACCGGACAGAGCUCGUCCUCAGGCCUGGCCACCUCCGGCUUCCGCACCGCCAAGUACCUGCUGGAGGAAUGGCGGCAGGGCGCCGACUCGUCCGGCUACCAGGCGGCCGCCGAUCGGGGCGGCUCGGAGUCGCUGCGCGGGGAGUCCAAGCAGCUGGCGGCCGAGUGCGAGGCCAGGACCCGGCGCAGCCAGGCGGACGCCACCAAGCAGCUGGGCCAGAGGCUGCUGGACAUCCACUUCUGGCAGUCCGAGCUGGGCCGGGAGAUCCGGGACGUGACGGCCGAGACCGAGCUGCUGCUGCAGCAGAAGCAGCGCCUGGAACGGGGCUUGGACGCCACCGAGAUCCCGCUCAGCAUCGCCAGCGAUAACCUCCAGUGCCGAGAGCGUAGGGCGGCCGGGGAGCUAGUCAGGGACGGGCCCGAGGAGGAGCUGCUGAGGGAAGUAGAACUGAUCAGAAAUAUUCAAGAACUUCUGAAAAGGACCCUGGAGCAAACCGUCCAGCAGAUAAGGAUGAACAGAGAUGCUAAGGAGAAGCUGGAAAUGGACUGGUCAGAUAAAGUGGAAGCAUACGACACUGAUGUCAAAUGCGGCAGAUACAGUAAUCAAAGCACUGAAAUCCAGUUUCAUCACAACUCAUCUAAAUGGGAAGACAACACUUCCACACCAGAGACGUGGGCCCAGUACAGCCACGAAAUCAUAUAUAAGGCUGAGAGAGAGAGAAUUGCCUCCAUCAAUCUGCGUUCUCUGAUUGACAACAUUCUCCAGGACACGGCAGAAGACCUGCAGACUCAGUGCAAUACUGUGAAUAGCGCCUUUGCACAGCGCUGCGAGGAAAUGGAAGAUGCCAAGAGGAAGAUGGAAAGCCACCUGAGAAACAUCCUGAAUGAGAUCGGAGGGCAGGAGAAGAACAUAGCUGCCCUUAAGCAGGCUAUUAAGGAUAAGGAGGCCCCUGUGAAAGUUGCAGAGAGCCGGCUGUAUGAGCGCUCGUACAGACCCAAUGUAGAACUCUGCAGGGACCCUGCGCAGUUCCGGUUGGUCAGUGAAGUGGGAGAGCUGACAGAAUCCAUAGAAUUCCUGAAGCAGAAGCUGGAGGAGGCUGAGCAGUCUCUCAGGAACCUGGAGGACACCAGGAUGUCUCUGGAAAAAGACAUAGCCUACAAAACCAAUGCACUAUUUAUUGACCGGCAGAAGUGCAUGACCCACCGCACCCGUUACCCUGUCCUAAUUAAGCUUACUGGCUAUCAGUAGAAUUGAUAAAGUCAUACAGUGUUAUAGAAUGCUCAAGUGUGAAUUUAAUUUGAAUAAACUAUGACAGUCUA